CUUUGUUCCCUAGUGAUGCUGCUUCUGGUUCUGCCGGGUUCACGCGUGGAGAGCAGCGACGCAGACUUCUGGGCCGUCACCAGCCGCCUGCAGUACUUCCAGUACGAGGCCGUGUCCUUUCACUGCCAGGGUCUGAGCGGCUCCUCUCAGCUCCGAGGCCUCAGGAACGCCGAGGGCUUCCUCACCCUGUGUGACCUCCAGAGCCCGUGGAGCAGCUUCUCCUGCACCGUGGAAACAGCCUAUCCAGGAGACAGCGGCCGCUACUGGUGUGAGACGGAGACGGGGCAGAGGAGCGGCGCCGUCAACAUCUCCGUCACCGCCGGGUCCGUGAUCCUGGUGAGUCCGGUCCUUCCUGUGACGGAGGGCGUGAGCGUGACUCUGCGCUGCAGACAGAAGGUUUCCUCCAGCUCCACAGCUGAUUUCUACAAAGACGGACGGCUCGUAGCAAGAAGCUCCACGGGGGAGAUGAGCGUCCACAGCGUGUCCCAGUCUGAUGAAGGACUCUACAAAUGCAGCGUCCCCGGAGCAGGAGAGUCCCCCCAGAGCCGGCUGCUUGUCAGAGCCGACGCCGUGGUCCUGCUCUGUCCCGUCCUGCCUGUGAUGGAGGGCGUUAAUGUGACUCUGCUCUGCCGUAAGAACAGCAUCUCUCCCAACUCCACAGCUGCUUUCUACAAAGACGGCGUCUUCCUGCGGAGCAGCGCUACAGGGAGGACGACGCUGCACAGCGUGUCCAAGGCCGACGAAGGCUUCUACAGCUGCAGCCUGUCUGGAGGAGGAGCGUCAGCGCCCGGCUGGCUGGCUGUUAAAGGUCCCACUCAUCACGCGUGUCCGUCCUCAGGCUCGAUGCCUCCGUUCAUCGUCCUGAGAGCGGUUCUGACCGUGGUGAUGGUGGUUCUGCUGCUGGGACUCAUUGUCUACAGCAGAUUCAGAGUCACAUGACGACACAUGAUAUAGAGAUAAGUCCGUUUGGGGGCUCAGCAGGACAAAGGUGUGGUUCUAGUGUGAGUCACUGGCUGCACAGCUUCAUGUGAACGUUUCUCACAGGCAUCUGUCUGAAACUCGGUGGAGGUUUUCUCUGACUGAGUUGCGUGUCUCAAACAGGAAGUGAAACUGUGGCUGAUCAUGAGGCCAGUUUCAGCAUGUGACUGUCUUCAUAAAGGUGAGGGGUGGCGACGAGGGGAAGCUUCAUGGAGCUGAAGCUGAAGUAGUUUCACCAUCGACUCACCUGAUGAAGCCUCGUUUCUGACUCGGGCCAAACUCUGCGACCAACCACACUCUAACAGACGAUUCAUAGCGCUGAUCACUGGAUGUUCUUCUAAGAGUCUGCACUGGUGUAACUUAACUAUAUGUUGGUUUGAUGCAUGUGCAGUUCUGUGAUCAGUGCUCAUGUUUGAAAAAACAUGGUUUGUGGUUGAAUUUGUUACUGAUUUGUAUUUAUUUUGACUUCAUUCUAAUAAUUCAUCAUGAAAUUCUCUUCUCUCCAUUAAGCUGCUGUAUUAACGUAGAAAGUUUUUAUUGAAUAAUUAAAUUAGUCAAAAUGCAAAA